AAGUGGAAAAAUCCGCCGUCUUUUUAGUGAUCUUCGACUAUUUACCAGUGACGUCGCGUCAAUUUACAAUAUUGUCUCUAUUUUUUCAACUCUAUUGCCCUCUCUGAGUGUGUCUCUUUUGGAAUGAUAAAUAUCGCCUUGUCCUCGCACUGGAUGGUGCAUGCAUCGGUGGAUGAAUUUGAGAUCAAGUGAACAGUUAUCAGUGGGCAAAAACACCACUAAAAUAGAGUUUGAUAAAGUGCGCGCGCUCUAAAGUGACUGUGUGCAGUUUUUUUUUUAUUCCAUCCACACUCAUACAUAAAUCACGAGUGAAAGAUCCACGAUGCGUGGCAAGGCAUUGACGAGAGCAGUAUGGAAAUGGUGAUCAGUGAUCGAUCGACGUGGAAAAGCAGCUUCCAGAAAAGAUUGAUCAUGAUUUGUGGUGAAAUAUGAGAAGAAGUGGCCAGCCGAGGAAUCUGCAUCAUCACCGCCAGCGAUCAUUGCCCACUGACACGAAUAAUCUCGGCGAUUUGCUAAUUCGAGCCAAAGUGAAGAACAACAGCUCUACGAUCCAGCGCCAAGUGUCUAUCUCCGGAAGUGAGCUGCCCAUCAGGGAGUCCGAUGAGUGUGAGGUCUCGCAGAGUGGCGACGAAAUGACCGCCAAUGAGGUGUGCAGCAGAUUGACGUCAGCGGGUAUCUGGGCAGAGAGCCGGGCAGGGCCCGGAGGAGCGGGUGUGGGAGGAUCACCGGUGACACACGGCGAUUUGCACAUGUGGGCUGAAGCGCGUCAGUGGCAGCAGCAUCGGCUGGUGGGGCUCGACAGUGGGGCAGAUAAGGCCGCUGCUAGCAGUCACGGAAAGACAGUGGAUGUGCGCGGUAGUAGAGCAACAGAGCUUGAGCUGAGCAGUGAUACGGGAUCGAGUCGUCGUCAGAGGAAGACUGUGGUUUACCGACGAGAUUUUCCCAGUGCGAUCGACGAGGAAAGCCCUGGUGACUCCAAAUAUCCAUGCGUUGAGCGCCUCAUUCAGCUCUAUACAGCAAUGAUCCACAAGCGGCAGGAGGAGAUGAGCCCCGAGGUGCUUCUACAGGGUACCAAGAAGACUCCCGUCAAGGAGAUUGACACAGAGACGUGCGAAAGGGUCACUCUCAAUAGGAGUCCCUUCUCGGAUGAAGGCUGCUCCACACACCAGAGCCCUUAUUCCAGUGAUGAUGAUGAGUUGAAGGGACGCAGCUCGAGGCGAGACAAAGUUGUGCGAUCUUCCAGCUCAGACUCGGCGCUCGGUCUGGAGGAAGAUCACGAGCCACCAGUCAACACUGUGAGGCGAAUGACACUCACCGUGACGGACAUUCCCCUGCGGCCGGCGCUGUUGCCACUCGCGGAGCCAGCAUUCCUGAACUGUUGCGACGUCCCCGCCGUCGGCGUGUCUGGCGAGACCCAGGUGCACAAUGUGCCCAGUAAAAUGAUCCUUGAGGCGCAGGUGAUUGAGAUUCCUGGCCCGGGGGCCGAUGAUUCCGCCACUGAGGCUUCAAUCUCUCGCCGAGAAUCCGCUCAGAGCUUCCUCAGUGACGGAGAUGAUGGGCACACGGUGCGCUACGUCAGGACACCCUCAGUAGUGGUGUCCGACUACUCUGAUGACAUCAUGUGCGGCAUCACCCUGGAGGAGAUCGAGUACUUCCGUCGCCAGCAGAGGCGACGCAGCAGCGGCGACGGGGAUGCAUUCUCAGACGUGAGCGCCGCCUCAUCGUGCAGCAAUCUCAACUACUGCGGCAGCCACAUCAGCACCUUGGACGGAUGCGAGUACAGUUACGGCCAGGGUGGGCUCACGAUGCCCGAGCGCAAGAUAUCUGACUGCUCCACGUGCUCCACACUCAGCGGGGACGAGGAGGACUCCUUCCGCGCGCCCAAGCGUGAGCACAAGAAGGUGAGUGGCAACGAUGCUUAGGUCUUCCCUGGAGUGUUGAAAGAGAGGAAGAGAGUUCAGUGUGAGAAUUUCCAUGGUGCGUGGGGUGAUCGCGCCCCACGCACAGCGACUGUUUCAAUCAUUUCAAUUGAUCUUGAGCACCACUUUUCAUCCACCCACGCGAUCAGACCGCUCUCCUUGAUCGCCUGCCACGCAAUCUGCGAAGAGAGAUCGCAAUUCGCUGCACUCCGACUCUGACGUCAGUGCCAUUGUCUCCUCGGCCGCAUGUUAAUUGCAAUUGAGACAUGAGCUGACGCUAUUUCCUUAUUUGCAGACUCCGCGCUGUGCUAAUUCUUUCGCGAGAUCAUUUGCCAUAAAUCUCAUUCAUCCGAUGUGCUUUCAAAGAAAAAGAAAGUUCAGAAUAUUUAUAGUGAGUCAUUCGGAUUAUAAGCAAUAAUUUGAUUGGGAGACAAAUUAUUUGUCUAAGAAUUAUUCUAUCAUCAAAUUUAUGCUGAUCUUCUCUUUCUUUAAGAUACCACCACAGAGUGAGGCAAUUGUGGUGUGUUUCAGGUGAGAAAUAUGAGUGACAAAGAUACAAAAAACAAUGCGCAUAAUUUUUCUCAAAACGAGUGACUUUUUCCUCUUACUGAAUGAUCAACUUUACUUUCGUGCUCAGUGAAUUUUCUGCUCAUUAAUUGCCUCAUUCUGCACUUUAUUUCUUGUAUACUUGAGAGAUAGUUAAUCCGCGUGGUCACAAAAGGAAUGUGAAAGCUAGACAUAAUGUUUCCAUCAUUAAUACAAUUAAUUAGUAAAUUAAUAGAAGAUAGAAAAUGAGAGUAUUUUAGGAAGAAAGGAAAACUGUUGUGGGACCGAAAUUCACAGUAUUUUGUUAAAAAGCAUUUAAAUAUUGAGAAUUAAACAUGAAAAAUUAUUCGCAAAUCAAACCAUGAAACUAGAAUUCCUUCGCCUCAAUUAAUUAACAUUAUCGCCGAUUAAUAUGAAACAAUGUGAGAAUUUGCCGACAACACUCGGUGACAAAUAUGAUAAUCAGAUUUAUGAUCACACAAUCGUGCAAUAAAUGGUGUGUGGCAGAAGAAGAAAAGGAAGGUUCUGAGCUGAAGAGCGUCUAUUGUAAGAAAUAAUUUUAUAAUAUUCUUUAUGGUAUUUUACAGAAAAAGAGCGAUGAACUAUAAGGUGUUUCUUAUGGGCAAAAAUUGUGAUUUAAAAUUAUAAAUAUAUGGAUUUUCAUUUGAAAAUAAAUCAAAGGAAAAAAACAC